GCCUGUUUAAAAAAAAAAAAACACAAAACACAAAAACAACAAAUCCAGAACUGCAAAGAAAUCACACCCAAAACUGGGUGUUCAGUAGCCAAGUCUGUCAAGGACACACACUUUUUUAGUUACAGGAUAUUCAUAAAGAUGAAAACAAAAAAAAAUUGGAGGGGGAAAAAAACCCACCUCAAGUUACAUCCUAGUUUAGUCAAGAGGUUUGGGGAAAAUACAUCUUUGAAUUCUGCCUUUAAAAACACACAUCUUCCUUCCAGGUUGUGUAUUACCACAGACCAGGCCACUAGGGGGUUCUCCUUCUGAAACUUAACAUUCACGCUAGUGUUGGAAGGGUCCUUUAACACAUCAUGGAAACCUUUUUCUUACCAACACUGACAUUCAAGUUUCAAUACUAGGGGGAAAGCACUGCUGCAGGUUAGAACCUGAAGGGGCUUUGGAGAACGACUACUUUAAGGAAUAGUUAUCUGUCAAGCUAAGCGCACGCACGUGCAAGGGACUUGCAAGAACAAAUCGGGUGAAGAAACUGAAGACCCAGGAGGCUCAUGACUUAUUCAAGAACAGGUACCUACUGAAAAGCCACCAUGUCCUCACAACCAAGCAACAACAGCAGUAAACUGAAACCCCCAAAUCUUCGAUCCGAGAAGACAUGUUCAUGGGCCUCCUACAUGACCAAUUCUCCAACUCUCAUCGUUAUGAUUGGCUUGCCAGCCCGGGGUAAAACCUAUGUGUCUAAAAAACUAACACGCUACCUCAACUGGAUUGGGGUGCCCACCAAAGUGUUUAACCUUGGAGUAUAUCGGCGGGAAGCAGUGAAAUCCUAUAAAUCUUAUGACUUCUUUCGGCACGACAACGAGGAGGCCAUGAAGAUCCGCAAACAGUGUGCUCUGGUGGCCCUGGAGGAUGUGAAGGCCUAUCUCACAGAGGAGAACGGGCAGAUUGCGGUGUUUGAUGCCACCAAUACUACCCGAGAGCGGAGGGACCUGAUUUUGAACUUUGCUGAAGAGAAUUCCUUCAAGGUAUUCUUCGUGGAAUCUGUCUGUGAUGAUCCUGAUGUCAUUGCUGCCAACAUACUGGAGGUGAAGGUGUCCAGCCCUGACUACCCUGAAAGGAACAGGGAGAAUGUGAUGGAGGACUUCCUCAAGAGAAUCGAGUGCUACAAAGUCACCUACCGACCCCUUGACCCAGACAACUAUGACAAGGAUCUUUCUUUCAUCAAGGUAAUGAAUGUGGGUCAACGAUUUUUAGUCAACAGAGUCCAGGACUACAUCCAGAGCAAGAUUGUCUACUACCUCAUGAAUAUCCACGUCCAUCCACGUACCAUUUACCUUUGCCGGCAUGGAGAGAGUGAAUUCAAUCUCUUAGGGAAGAUUGGGGGUGACUCCGGCCUCUCGGUACGGGGAAAGCAGUUUUCCCAGGCUCUAAAGAAGUUUCUGGAGGAACAAGAGAUACAAGACCUCAAAGUGUGGACAAGCCAGUUGAAGAGGACUAUCCAGACAGCUGAAUCUCUUGGGGUGACUUAUGAGCAGUGGAAGAUUCUGAACGAGAUUGAUGCUGGCGUGUGUGAGGAGAUGACCUAUGCAGAGAUUGAGAAGCAGUACCCAGAGGAGUUUGCACUCCGAGAUCAAGAGAAGUAUCUGUAUCGAUAUCCAGGUGGAGAGUCAUACCAGGACCUAGUACAACGGCUGGAGCCUGUCAUCAUGGAGCUGGAACGUCAGGGCAAUGUCCUUGUCAUCUCCCAUCAAGCUGUCAUGCGCUGCCUCCUGGCCUACUUCUUAGAUAAGGGCGCAGAUGAGCUACCAUACUUGAAGUGUCCUCUCCAUACCAUCUUCAAACUUACUCCUGUGGCCUAUGGGUGCAAAGUAGAAACAAUUACCCUCAACGUGGAGGCUGUGAACACACACCGGGACAAGCCAACCAACAACCUCCCCAAGAACCAAACCCCUGUAAGGAUGAGAAGGAACAGCUUUACGCCUCUGUCCAGUUCGAAUACAAUCAGGCGUCCAAGAAAUUACAGUGUUGGGAGCCGGCCCCUCAAGCCCCUCAGCCCUCUUCGUGCCCUGGACAUGCAAGAAGGGGCCGACCAGCCGAAGACCCAAGUCAGCAUUCCGGGAGAGAACACUUCGCAGACUAUGCAAACACCGGUCUCUGUGGCAUCCCUCACCUUGAAUCCUUGAGGCCAGAUCUCUGGGAGAAAGCCAUCUACUGGAAAGCUUGGGAAGUCAGCACCACCAAAGCUAGAACAGGAAGUUGAGUGGAGUCUGAAAAUUUGGGCCACUGAAAUGGGGCCUGGGGAAAUGUCCCAUUUCUUCUCCUCACGCCUACUCUGGUGAUAUCAGCUAUACUGUGCCUCAAAACGUUUAACAGCCUCAGUCGAGUCUUGUCUCUUUGCUGGGUUUCACCCAGGUUUGCAAAUGUCAUUCUGUUUAAAAAUUGUCUGGUGGUUGGUGGCUCAUGCCUGUAAUCCUAGCUAC